AUGGAGUCCGUUCGCCAGUCUUGUCGGCCAAAGCACCAGGUCUUGACCCUAAAAUGUUAUCCUAAAUAUCAGAAGGGGGUGUCGGAGGUUCGGCCGAAUCCAAGCGAACUUUCAUACCUGCUGUACUAUACAAGCACGCGCCGCAGCAAGCUGACCAAGGUCGGCGGUUUCUUGGAGAAGAGAGUUGCCCGGGAUGUCUGGAGACGCAGAAUAGGAAAUGUUCAGGUCGCCCUGCAUAUCCUGGCUGCGCUCAUCGAAAAAGUUCCUCGCGACCUUCCUAUCUACGCCCGAUCGGUCAUGACAAUAAUCGAUACCGUUUUGCGAUCCAAUGACAUCAAUAUGGUAGAGGAAUCGAUUGUCGCCUUCGCAAUGUUCUGCCGGCAUCAGGACAUUGCGGCCAUCGCAGCUGACCAGGGCCUCGCGCAGCAAUACCGAGAAGUCGUGCGAACCUACACCAGCUUUGCCGACCCGGGAUUCACAUCCCACCCGAACGCAAAUUUCAGCCCCCAGGUGGCCAUCCGAUGGAGAAAUGUGGGACUGCAAGCCAUUAAAAGCGUGGUCAGCUCGGAGACCUUGGCCGCCGACGGAGGACAAUUGCUAAAGCUCUGUUUGCCGGUGAUUUUGAAGAAUCUCUAUUCUGAUGAUGAGGAUCUUCUUCCGACCCUGAAGACCAAGCUAACCGAAUCUGACCCGAAUGAACAUGAGGCGCCCAAACCCCGCCGAAUGAGUGUCAACACAGUGCACACAGUGGAUACGGCAGAGGGAGACCCUGAGCUGGCAGCACAGUCAGCGGCCGAGGCGGAUCGAAAAGCGGAAAUGGACGCUCGGCUCUUGGCCUUGCGCUGUCUUGAGCAAACCAUCGUUUCGGGGAGUAACCGGGGCCAGAUCCGAAUUACAGUAACAGUCAUUCUACAGUUCAUCUCAAGCAAGGGCCUCCCACAGAGCGAAAAGCGUGUCCAGAUUAUCGAGGACAAAGGUGGCAACUGGGCAACAUCUCUGAUCGAACUCAUUGCAAACUGGUGUCCGGUGCAAGUUCGUUUUAUCAUCUUGAUCACAGCCAUGGAGAUUCUCCACGAUACGAGCCCCAAGGAGGAUGCUUUAGAGGCAUCAUUCACCAUUCUUUCUGUGGUGGAUUGGCUUCUCAGAUCUUCUGUGAACAUGAUUGGACUCAGUGUCAUGGACAUCCUCUAUGGACUCAUGCACUACGCUUCUGAUAUACUCGCACCGCCAGAGCGUACUGGGUCUGCAGAAUCAGAGAAGGAACCAAACCGACAAACUCAAAUCGUGGUGUCUAUCUCCCCUCGACGACAGGAUCUUCUUACGCUACUAGAGCAAUGUAUUGGAGACCUUGCAACGCACAUCUACUACGGAGACCAAGUCGCAGAUAUGAUGCGGGCUAUUCUCAGGCGUCUCAAGCCUAGUUUCCACCAUGAAAGUUCCACACCAUCCCCAUUGGCAACUGUUCACGAAACUGGAUUGACGCCUGGGAGCUCGACAAGUUCCAGAUCCGAGACAAAUGGAGAGAAAACAAACACAGAAAGCUUCUCGCAUGCUGCCGCUAAACUGACAGCUCUCCGAGCCGUCAAGGCUAUCUUGGCUGUGGCGAAUUCAAGGACGCCAGCAACCAUGUCUGGUGCAGAAUCUAGACACCCAGUCGGAAUACAAGUGUGGGAAGGGACUCAAGUACUUCUUCGUGAUGUGGAUCGUGAUGUUCGCUAUGCCUAUACCGAUGCAUUCCUAUCAUGGCUGCAGAUUGAGACCAAUGGGAACGACCUCAAGGUGCGGUUAAAUUCACCCAAGUACAUCAAGGCAACCUCGAAGAAAGACCCCGAGCAGACGGACAGGUUGACUCGACGAGGUACCUCGGCUUCUGGGAACCAGAGGGAUAAAGUGGCGCUGGUGGCACAGUCGAACUUCCUUCGUCUUCUGCACCUGGCUAUUUACGAUGCUGCACUCGAGCUAGCUGGGGAGGAAUCCGAGGUCCUCUUGUUACACCUACUUCUUGCAAAACUUGUCGAGAACCUCGGGGUGAAUGCCGCACAAUUCGGUCUCCCCAUGGUCCUUAAAUUGCAGGACGACUUGUUCACAUCUAUGGAGCUGAGUUCAUUCGCGGCUCGCGUUAACAUUGGAAGCUUGGUACACGGAUAUCUUCUUGCGCUGUCCGAGCAUUUUGAAAUGCAGUCCUCCCCCGUGGGUCUUGAGAUAAGCAAUGAGAUUCAAGGGCGUCAGGACAAGGGAUAUUGGCUUUCCAAAAUUUGUCUGCCCCCAGUCGAUCUUUAUGCCAUUGCUUUCAGCGAUGAGAAGAUGUCUAGCAAUACCUCCUCCCCCUCGCCACCUCCAUUGACACCCUUCCGUGAUGUUGAAGGGCUUGUCUAUAUGAUUGACGAGUCUUACCGCAAAUCGAUACCUUCUCCUCCACGAAGCCCCUCGGCAUCUUCUCCAGCACGAGGAUUCACGUUCCCGGUCCUUGGGCAUUCCACAGGAACAGUGAAAUCCCAGGCCGUGGGCGGCCUCCCCUCCGUCGUGAAAGAACAGAUGUUGUCCCCGUGGUCUCGCGAGGCAUGUUUGGCAACUGCCGAUAAGGAAAGCACUGGAACAUCAUCAAUCAAUGGCUCUCGGGCUACUGCAAAUGCUCGCAACAAUCAAAACAACGGGGCUACAGAUGGUUCCCCCGCCGGCUCCCAACACCAUCGCCGUAUGAGCAUUCCGGAGAUAUCUGGCUCGUCAUCUCACGGCUCGAGUAGAGGAUCUCCCGUUCGCAUCAAUGAGCUUCGACGCGUACUUUCCGUCACAAAUGACUCCCAUGGUCGACGCCUCAGUCCAUUGCGUGGACGACUUGACGCGUCGAAUGCCAGUACUAUCUCUUCUGGGAGUGAAAGCAUGAUGAGCGGCAACUUCUCUGUUUCCGAUAUAGGUGGAGAUGCUGCCUCAAUCCAACCAGAGAACCAACAAUCACCCGGUGAAGAUGGAACAGAGACGCCCCGCGCCUCGGCCGCGGCACUUAACCUACCAGGCGAUAAAACAUCCACCGACGAAUUCCCGCGUGUUGAUUCAGACGCAGAGAUUCCUCCCGUCCCACCGAUCCCGGUCGGCUUGUCGAUCCCAGGUGGUUUUCCGAACGACUCACAGCGUUCGCUGAAUUCACAUGAUCGCCCAUCCACCGCGCCGGGUCCCUCGCUACUGUCCUCAGUGGGAGAUAGGGCUGAAGCUAGUGCCUUGAACAACAAACCUCUCAAUCGCAACAAGAGCCGAUCCAACCAUAGUCUUGCAACAGCUGGACUCACUGAACCCUUAAACGGCUAUGAACCCAAUACCCUGGAAAGCAACAACCAAGAUCAACUGAGGAAGCUCUUGGAUGGGUUCCUCUCGCCUGGCGAGAUCACGUUGACGAAUGGGAACCGCCCGGCAACUGCCAAACCUGCUUCCAAGACUCCGCUGGGCGGAUCUCACAGCAGACGACAGUUCAGCGGAGGCCUUGGCCGACCACCUUAUUGA